AUGCUGCCAACCGGGGAACCUACUUCUGGAUCCGUGCCCUUGCGCCAGGGCCACUUUCUCCUGGAGCCGGAGCCUCCGCCGGCGGCGGUACCUGCUGCCAACGCGAACACCUCUAAUACAGGUGACACUAGAUUUGAUGCAUCACAGUAUGCUUUUUUUGGCAACAAUGUGCUGGAGGACAUUGAACUAGGUGGAUUCGAAGAUGAUAACGACAGUAAUGCUGCUUUCACUGGACUCGAUGAUUUAGAGCGCCCACUUUCUUCUCAAGAGAUUGCACUAGAGGCUGAAGAUAGUUCAUUCUCAGAUCUUGCAAAUACAUUCUCAAAGCUAAGAAGAGAUGUUAACCUACCAAAGCAUAUUGGGGUAAAUAACCUUGGGACUUCUUUUUCAAGAGAAAGUUCUGCUGCUGCUGACUGGGCUCCAGAAUUUGAAUCCCCACUCUGGCCUGAUCAGUACGUGCAAGGUGCUAAGCAAGGACUAAAUGGCAAUGGCUGGUGGCCUCCACAGCACCGUUCUUCUCUCCUUGCUGAUUCCAGAUUGCACAGAACAUCCUCAUCCCCUCAGCAACAGGAACAACACAAUCAUAAUGAACCUGUUCUUGGACCAAGGCCAUCUCCUUUGCACCGUACAUCCUCAUACCCGCAAAAGGAGCCUCAGUACAAUCCUGCUGAAGUCAUUCCUGCUCCAAAUGCACCAUACAUGUCAAACCAUCUACCUGGUGGUCCACCCAAUUCAGUGCCUCGACAACCACAUCAGAUGAACUUGCCAUCUUUCAAUGAAUUUCAGAUGCAUAUGUCUGCACAAAGUGAUGCCCCAUUCUCCCAGUUUCCUCGUGGAGGGACACCUCCAGAGUCAUUGUUUGGUGGAAACCGGGGCCAUAUGAUUUCAACAGGCUUCUCAACUAACAGCAGUGGACAACAAGGUCAUCUGCUGAAUAAUGGGCAGUUUCAUGGGGAAACUGCCAGCGAUAUGCCAAAUUUGCUGCCAAACCAUCUACAACGUCCGAAUACAUUCAUGCCCCAUCAAAUGCUAACAAUACGCCAACAGCAUGGCAUGCUCCCAAUUCAGCAAUCUUCACAGCAGUCAUCAAGAACACAGGCACACAUGUUUGGCCCCCAGCAUCCACCACAAAUGAUGAAUAGGUUUGAUAAUUUUGGGAUGCCUGAGUUCAGUGAUCCAAGAACAAGAUCAUCAAUGCACCAUGGAAGGCAAAGCCACCAUUUUCCUCUCCAAGGCUCUGAGUUUGGUAUUAUGAAGAUGGGUAAUGGAAGGUCAAGGUUUAGAUCCAAGUAUAUGUCCACUGAAGAACUUGAAAACAUUUUAAGAAUACAGCAUGCCGCCACUCACAUAAAUGAUCCAUACAUCGAUGAUUAUUACCAUCAAGCUUGUUUGGCCAGCAGAUAUGUGGAUGGAAGGUCGAAGCAUCGCUUCUACCCAACCUUGAUUCGGGAUCCAUCAUCAUGUGCACGGAGCAAGGAUGAGCCACAUGCAUACCUUAAGGAACCUCUGCUAGCUGCUAGGAUCACGAUUGAGGAUGGACUCAACCUACUACUUGAUAUAGAUGAUAUUGAUCGCUUGCUUCAAUUUAGCCAGCAGCAAGAUGGUGGUUUACAACUUAAAAACAGAAGGCAAUCUCUCCUUGGUCAGCUGGCAGAAUCACUGCAGUUGGUUGAUCCACUAGGUCCAAAUAAAAACACACAUUUGUCUGCAAAUGAUGAUUUGGUAUUUCUUCGCAUUGUUUCUCUACCCAAGGGCCGGAAACUACUUUCACGCUAUAUCAACCUCAUGGUACCUGGUAGCGAUCUUGCAAGGAUAGUUUGCAUGGCAGUAUUCCGGCAUCUGAGGUUUGUGUUUGGAAAUUUGCCAUCUGAUGAUGGUUCAGCUGAGACAGUAACUAAACUAGCUAGUGCUGUAGCUGCAUGCAUUCGUGGGAUGGACUUAAGUGGGCUCAGUGCUUGUCUUGCAGCAAUUGUGUGCUCGUCUGAGCAUCCACCUCUUCGACCCCUUGGAUAUGCUGCUGGUGAUGGUGCCACUGUCAUCAUAAAGUCUGUCCUGGAUAGAGCAACAGAGCUUCUCACUGAGCCGCCUGCUGCACCAGACUGUAGCGCUCCAAACCGAGCCCUAUGGCAAGCAUCGUUUAAUGCUUUCUUUGGGCUGCUUACUAAGUAUUGCGUGAGUAAAUUUGACAGCAUGGUUCAUAAUAUGCACAAGCACCCUGCUGCUGCAACAGCGAUACGCAAGGAACUUCCAGUUGAGCUUCUGCGUGCCAGUCUUCCUCACACAGAUGAGCAACAGCGCAGACUAUUGCUUGAGUUCGCCCAGCGGACUGUGCCUGUCGCUGGCCAUAGUUCUGACGGGUGA